AUGGCUACGACACUGUUGCCAGAAUCAAGGAAUCCCAAUGUGUCUUUUCCGGUGAACACCAUCGUUCUUAAGGACAGACAAGUUGGAGGUGACUUGCAGAGUCGCAACUUGAGGAUAAACAGUGUCGUUGAGAAUAAUAAUCAAGGUGGAGAACCUGGUCACAAGUACGUUGAGCAUAGUAGCUCUUAUUUGAUGGGUUGCCAAAGCAACAUCGCAAUGACAUUCACUCUGAACCGCUCGGGGGGCAUGAGAUCCCACCGCAUGACCGGUUGA